AUGUUACCCGUCACUCGUCGAGCGACAAGUGCUCUUCGGGCCAUUACUUUCGCCGCCUCCUCUUCACGAUGUAUCACUAGACAGCCUAUUGCAAGAUUAUCAUUACCCUCAAUAUCGAUACAGCCGCAGUAUAUACGAUCUUUUACAUCAUAUUUUCCUCGCUUACAGCAGUAUGCUGAAGCAGAGACCGAAGAGUUAUCGCAAUCAGAGGGUCAACAUGAGUUUACUCGUUUUGAAGAACUGGCCGAGAACAACAUCAUAUCGCCUAAAGUCAUUGACACACUGACAAAGCGUAUGAAUAUUCACGACAUGACUGAGGUUCAAAAAAUGACCAUCAAUCACUGUCUGGACGGUAGCGAUGUGAUAGCGCAAGCAAAGACUGGUACAGGAAAGACUCUGGCUUUCCUCUUGCCUAUCGUGCAGCGGAUACUUCGCGAUGGUAGUCUCGAGCAACGAACUCGACAAAGGGCCAGUGUUGGCGAUAUUCGUGCUCUCAUUAUCUCCCCAACCCGAGAACUUGCUGAACAAAUCGCGGUCGAAGCCAAAAAAGUUGUAGCCAAUACUGCAGUCAAGGUACAAACUGCGGUUGGCGGCACGCAAAAAAGCCAGCAUCUCAGACAGAUGCAAUUCGAAGGCUGUCACAUCCUUGUCGGUACACCAGGUCGAGUCCUCGAUAUCAUCUCAGACAGGAGUACAGGAGUCUCUCUGGAAAACAUUGAAACCUUUGUUCUCGACGAAGCUGAUCGUCUUCUCGACAUCGGUUUCGCCCCUGCCAUUGCCGACAUUCAAUCUUAUAUGCCUCCACGCGCCGAACGAAAUCGACAAACCCUCAUGUUUAGUGCCACCGUUCCCAAGUCCGUCGUCCAACUCGUCCGCGAAACCCUCAGACCUGAUUUCAAGUUCAUCCGUACCGUCGAUCCCAACGAAGUUCAAACCCACGAACACAUUCCUCAGCAAGUCGUCUUCGGCAAAGGCCUGCAGAAUCAGAUCCCUAUUAUCAUGGAGGUAGCAUACAACGCCAUGCAAGCGCACAAGCAAGAUUCCAAGAACACAAUGCCAUUCAAAGCCAUCGUCUACUUUGGCAGUACUGCAGAGGUUGCAAUGGCCUUUGACGCCUUUACGAAGAUGCGUGAUCCAGAUGCACCACGGUCAAUGUUCCAGCCGCAUCCUCUUGAUCCUUGCCGCCUCUACCAGAUGCAUGGCAAGCUUGCUCAGGCUCAGCGCACACGUGAGUCAGAGGGCUUCCGUCGUGCUGAAUCUGCAAUUCUGUUCAGCUCUGAUGUCACUGCUCGAGGAAUGGACUUUCCUAACGUUUCGCAUGUCAUUCAGAUCGGUCUUCCUCGUUCCUCAGACGACUACGUCCAUCGUGUCGGAAGAACUGGUCGUGCUGGAAAGAGUGGUGAGGGUUGGCUCGUCCUCAACAACGACGAAAGAGGCGAUAUUGAGCGCAAGAUGCGGAACUCAGGUGUAGAUCUCAAAGAGGCGGACCUAGUCACUGCAAGUCUAGACAUGACAAGAGCUGCACAGAUACCGGCUCACAUCAGCAGGCUGCUGAAAUAUGUCGAGGUCGGUGUGAAGAGUGUGCCCUACAAUACCAAGGCAGCCACUUACGCUGCUCUAUUGGGUGUGCUGCAGCAGCAGAACCCCAACAGAAGGAAACAGGCUCAAUUGGAUAUGAUGAACAACCUGGCCAAGUAUGGCUGGGGCAUGCAGCAGCCCCCACCAAUCAGUCCGAAACUCGCACAGAGAAUUGGCUUUGGUGGGCUGCAGGGGUUGCGUCUCGAGGAAGAAAGACCUAGGGAGUUUGGCGACAGAGAUGGAAGAGGAGGUGAUCGAUUUGGAGGACGAGAUGGCGGUACCCGAGGCUAUGGUGGUGGAUCACGAGAUGGAGGAAGAUCGUUUGGUAGAGACGCUCCUCCAAGUGGCAAAGGUGUCUAUGGCGGAGGGAGCAGGGGUAGUGGCGACGCUUUCGAUGCCAUGGGUAUGGGUGGUGGUAGUUCGAGAGGUGGACCAAGAGGUGGAAGUGGUGGAUUUGGUGGUAGAGGUGGUGGACGAGACUUCAACAGAAGGUGA